ACGUGUCAUUUACCAGUUAAACCUCCUUCAUUCAGUCGGUCAACCAUAAUGCAACAAACACAAACCCACCUUCACUUCCAUUUCACCAACACACCCACACACACAUUCAAACUCUUUUCGGUUUUCACCACCACCAUGAUCACCAUCCCACCGUCACCGGCUCCGGCACCGGAGAGUACUCUUCUUCCUCAAGUUUCAUCUCCGUCAAAACCUCCGGUUCGGUUCACUCCGCCGUUGAUAGUUAUGGUUGUGAUCAUCGCCACCGCUUUCAUAACAAUCGCGUACUCUCGAGCGAUUUCCAGACGGUUUCUCCUCCUACGCCGCCGUUGGCGGCAGUGGCGGAGGCGGCGGCGAUUGCUAAAUUCAUAUGUGCCUUCUUCCGUCGGAAACGGCGACAUCGAAGAUAACAUUUCUGGAGAAGACUUGUACAAUCCGACUUACGGCUAUCAGCUCUUUUCGCCUUACGGUUUAGAUGACGCUGUGAUUAAAACAAUUCCGCUUUCUAUUCACACUAGAAAAAGCAGUGUUCAUGAAUGUGCAGUUUGUUUGUUAGAAUUUGAAGAUAACGAUUACGUCCGUACGUUACCGGUUUGUUAUCACGCGUUUCACGUUGAUUGUAUCGAUAUCUGGCUUAGAUGUCACGCUAACUGUCCGCUAUGUAGAGCUAGUGUUUUCCGGCCUGAAUCGCCGUUCAGUCCGAUGAUGUCAGCCAGAAUCCGCCCUAAUUUUGAUGACGUCAUCAUCGAGAGCACGAUUAUCGAACCAGAACCGGUUCCGGUUCCGGUUCUGUCGCCUGAACCGGAACCAGAGAUUUUGCUUCAUGGCGGAAGUGCUACCAAUACCAGUACAACCGCUGCAACAUCCACCGCAAUCGGCGAGAUUACACAGGAAGUAUCGCUAUCUCCGAUGAGAAAUCUAUCAGAGGACCGGUUCAACCGUCGAGAUUUCCUUCUGAAACGAUCGUACUCGUUCGGAUUCGAGCGGAAUUUAGGAUCGGAGAGGCUCGUUAUGGAGCCGGCGACGGCGUCACCGUGGAGAUACGGAUACCGUCGCGGUGGCGGAGGAAGCUUCUGGAGCAAGCGACCGUCGCCGUUCAGUUCUCUAACAAAAAACAGAGUCUUCUCAUUCCGAUUGAAAUCGCCGUUCUUCCGGCGACGCAGCGGAAGCUUCCUGCCGUUAUCGGAACCAACCGACGGCGGCGGCAGCGGGGGAGGCGGUGGAAGCUCAUCUCGCCGGAGAAAAUCGUUCGCAAGCCCUAUUUUCAUGAGGCAGUCAGGUGUGAAUGUGAACUUGUUCUCAUCGAGUCGGUUGAGAAGCGGUGAUCCAGAAGCGUUACUGUCACCGGAGAGGUAUAACAGACGGUGAGGAUGAGGGACACGUGGACAAGUGCACAUGAGUCAAGGCAGAUCGUACGGUGACGAUGAGUUACUGUGAGAGAUGGUUUGUCGCUGGGAAGAUGUAAUUAAAUGAAGGCGCGCAAAUUGUGGUUACGUGCCUGAUGAACCAGUGGAUCAUUAAUGGACUAGUGGGGGACCGGGUGAGCAUUUAUGACUAUCUUCAUGAAACCAACCUUCUUGUCUAUCAACAUUAAAGAAGAUCUUAAUUGUUUAUCUUAUCUUUUGUAUAUUUAUAUAUAUGUAUAUUUUUAUGGCUA